AAGAGCAAAUUAAUACUAGUGAAGCUAUAAAAACCACUAAUUACAAGAAGCAUGUUAAGGUAGCAAGUUGUAUUUUUUUUAAUAACAUAAUGUUUUGAUGUUUAUUUUCAGAUGAAAUGGACGAUGGUUACAAUAAGCGCUUACGGCAGGAGGUGGAAGAAUUAAUUUUAUUAGCAAUAGAUCGUUUAAAGUUAAUAAGAAAUGCCGAAUUUCGUAGUGAACAUGAAAAAAUACUACACCAGAUAAACCAAAAGAUAAAUGAAAGCAAAAGGGUUAAAACAGCAAACCUAACAAUGAUCAAAGAAAUAAUGUUAAAAAGCUUGGUAAAGACGCUUAAUACAUGGGUGAUAGAAAAUAAUGCUGAUACUUCUAAUGGGAAUGUUGCGGAGACAACACUUCAAGAUUUUAUGAUUUUGAAUUCAACAGGAUUUGUACCAUCAAGUGAUUAUCGCCAUACAGCUACAGAUAAGCUCGCUAUGGAUACCGAGCAAAGACUUGCAUUGAAAUAUCCCAGAAAGAAAACUGUCAAACCAGGCAAUUGCAGUUAUCGCAAUAUAGAAAAUCAUGUUGCCGGAACAUCUGAAAAAGAAUUAUUUAAACGCAGACAUGAGGUGUACGCUCCACCGCCACCACAGCCUGCCACGUAUGGUGAACAUAAGAAGAUGUUGCUGAAACUUAUAGAAGAUGGACGAAAACAAAGCAUGCAGAAAGCCGCAACAGAUCUCAGAAUCGCUGAGACUCACCCGAUAUCAGUACAAAGUGGUUGCUUAAAACCAACUUCAUGGAAUAGUCCACCAAAAUCGUGCAAUAACAAUCAUAUCAUUGGCGACAAUCACCAAAGAGAUAGCAGAAUCAAUUCGAGUGUAUUAUCGGAAGCCGUAAGCAAAACUACCCAUCAGCAAAGUGUAAGUGAUUGCUCUGCGAAAAAUUGCGAAACGAAUGAUAUUGAUCAUCGGGUUAUUGAAGAAAUAGCGCCAUCAAUCCAAACAGCCAAACCGAGCCAAAAGAAUAAAGAAAAUCAUCGCGAGCUUCAUGAUUUAAUCUCAUACACUAACGAAAUUCUGCCAAAGUUAGGUAGACGGAAAAGUGUUUCGAUGGAAGAAAAUAACAAUGUGCAAUUAUGUCAACAAUUUGGAAUAACCAAAACAGUACAAAUAAUGCUGCAACGUACUGACAGCAGACAAAUUGCCCAACGCACUCGAAGCAAAUCAAUCGACUCGGCGCAUUAUUUAGAAAAUCCAAGUACGGCUAAACAAACCGUAGUAGUGCCUAAUAAAAUCAGUCAACGCCGAGAAUCAAAAUCAAUGGAGAUAAAAGAACGAACAAAAACAACGUCCACCAUCUCCAAAAAAACAAAAUCAACUGCGCGUAAGUCAACUGCUAAACCACAAAACAGUGUACAGUCAUUGAAUACUACAAUACCAACUGCGCGUAAGUCUGUUUCUAAACCACAAAACAAUGUACAAUCAUUGAAUACUAUCCAACACCGUAACGGUAUAAAAAAUGUGAGAAACAAUGUAACAACCGAAAAGGAACAGAAGGAACAAAAAGUGGCAAAACCAAAACCUGCAUCAGCCAAAAGAACACGUCGCUCCCCAAGUCCACCCCUUCCUAAGAAAAAGUGUAAUAGCAAAAUUAAUUCAACCGAUCUUCGUGCAUUAAAGAAUGAUGUGCAGAUGUGUGGUACAAGUUCUGUUGGAGAUGUGAAUAUGAUAUUCAACAAAAAUACUCCGCCUAACAACGAUCCAAAAGUACAUUGCCGCAGCGAUUACAUGGAGAACUGUUGUCUGUGUUCCUACAAUGGAGAACAAAUGGUGCAACACUAUGUGUACAAUCAUCCAAAGAACACUGUGUACGUUAGUCGCGUAGAGCCCGAGCAGGCAAACCUUAUUAGAGCGGAUCCAUACGGAAUUAGUGGCCGAAAAGCAAUAUCGAGGUAUGGGGACCACGAGAUAAUCGUAUUUCGAUGCCAUUUUUGUGACCUUCAGCUGAGAGAAUCGCAAGAGUUAUGGUUGGAUCACAUAUCGAAACAUACUGGUGAAUAUCGUUACAAAUGUAUGUUAUGUCCAACAUUUGCACGAAUUCCAUUCGACAAAGUGACGCAUCAUUCAGUUUGUACGAAACCUUCCAUGCAGUUGUGGCACACUUACACCUUUGAGGAGAAUCACUUGUACGCGUACAUGUGCAACAAGUGUAAUUUUGUGCAAGUUCUUUUCGUAAAUAUAAAGCGGCACUUCAAGGAAGACCAUCCAGAAGCUAGUUCCAUUGAAGUAGGAUACACCAAAUUUAGCUUGGUCAACUUUAACUUGCAAGACGAAGAUACUGAAAUGCCGUACGGGAUAGUGAAAUUAGAACCAGUCUGGGAUGAUGGAUAUGUAGGUUUGAAAGAAAAUGUCAAGCUGGAAGUGGAACCUACACUAUUCGACGAAUGGCAGACAAACAUCAGGACGCCGUUCCAAGCCAUCGAACAGGAGAAGCGUUUAUUGCAACCAGAAGUCAACUUUAUAAAGCAGGAAAUUCUUACAGACGGCUUAGAUCCAUGCGAAACAAACUCUUUGGAUAGCAUCGAUAUCAAACCAUUUGAAGUUGCUGCACUUUGUAGUGCUAGUGAGCCAGAAGAAAGACAUACAAAUUCGUAUUCCAACGGACUUCGUGUUAAGAUAUUGCCAGGUGAUAUCCUGUCGAAAACAAAGAACAAUAUGUCGGAUAAAGCUUCAGGAAAUAGUCACAAAGCAUUUUGCUUAGGGCCACUCAACGAAUACAAAAAUUAACUCAAGCACAGUACAAGCAAUGCUGAUUCUGCUGAGCUCAACAAGAGUGUACUUCGGAAAUUCAGUAGCUCUCUGUUGCGUCAGCCGUGGCAAUUCUGCAUCUCCGCAAUGUAAAUACGGAUGCUAAAUAAGAGUAAAUCUUCAAAUUUAAUAACGCCUUUGACUGCGCCAGAACUGCAAACGGUGCACAAGUAUUCUGCCUAUUCAGAUUAGCUGAUGUUUGCCAUGAAAAUGAUAGACCACAUUAGUUCGCAUUUCACGUUAAUGAUACAAAUGUUCCACCAUUCAUCCAAGUGCAAAAUAUUAUCAGAAAAUUUUAAGUAUUGUUAGACAAACUAAGAAUCUUUUAAAAUCGUUGAACAGAAGAAUAUUUAUAUAUACAUAAAAUAAAUCGCAAUACCAAGAGUAUAUAUUCUCUAACACAAACAUAGGCCCGUAUUUGACGAACAGUUUUCCGUUAGCUGAUAGUCAC